AUGAAGUUCACCAGUUCAAUUGGCUGGGCAGCUGCUGCGCUUUACGCCUCGACAGCUUCGGCUUUGCAGAUCACUUCUAACACUACCACCUCUGGCAGCGGUGGACAGAUCAGCGACGGUCUUUUCAUCAGCCCUGAUGUCUACCUCCGUAUUGUCGGUACUUCGACCACCAGAAUCUCUGGUGAUGCCGACAUCCAGGGUGACUUUUUCGUCGAGUCUUCCUCUGGUUUGACCGCCAGUGUGUCGUUCUCCUCGGGAAGUUUCAACAACGCCGGUAACGUGAUCUUCAACGGUACCAACUCCCUUCUUGGAACUUACUACAACUUGGAUGCCAGCACGGAUUUCCUCAACAGUGGUAACAUGUGGUUGCAGUUGAACGGCUACAACCUUAUUUCGCCAAUCUCCCUUACCAGUGGUAACCUUUUCAGCUCUGGUACUUGGCAGAACACCGGUAGAAUCCACUUGAUCCAAGAGGCCGGUGCUGCUUCCACCAUCACCAUCUCUGCCAACGACGGUGGUGUUGUCAACGACGGUACAAUUUGUCUUGAGAGAAUGAACUGGGACCAGUCGGUCAGUAUCAACGGUCAAGGUUGUGUCAACAUCGGUAACGGUGCCAGAAUGACCCUCACCACUCUUGGUUACACCACCGACGAAAACCAGAUCUUCUACCUUGCCACCGACAACUCUUCUGUCACGGUCAGCUUGGACGCCAACACUGCCGCUCAGAGAACCUAUACUGUUGGAGGUUUCGGUAACGGUAACAGAAUCAGAACUAACCUCGGUUUCACUAGCUGGACUUACGCCAACGACACCCUUUCGCUUACUGGUCUCCUCGGUCUUUUCAAAAUUAACUUGAAGAUCGGUACCGGCUACGACACCGCCUACUUCAGCACCAACGGUCUUGGUAACGGAGGUACUUACAUCACGUACAGCGAGGCUGUUCCAGAGGCUGAAACACCCCAGAAAUGUUUGUGUUUCGACCCUCCAGCCGAGCCUCCAGCUGAGGAACCGUCUAGUAUUGGUCCUUCCUCCUCUGACGCUGCUUCUUCUUCUGAGGCUCCAGAGUCUUCUGUCACUGACGAUUCUUCUGUCACUUCGUCUGAGGCCACCUCUGAAACCGAUUCUGAGGCUGCCACUUCUGAAACCGAUUCUGAGGCUGCCACUUCUGAAACCGAUUCUGAAACUGCCACUUCUGAAACCAGUUCUGAAGCUGCCACUUCGGAAACUGAUUCUGAAACCGCCACUUCUGAAACCGAUUCUGAAGCUGCCACUUCUUCUGAGGCUACUUCCGACGUCAACGGAGUCACAACCACGUUCACCACCACUGACUCCGACGGCAACCCUGUGACCGAAUCCGGCGUUGUGGUUGUGACGACCGAUUCUGCAGGUUCUACUACUACAUCAACAUCUCUUUUCCCAACUGACGCGGGUGAGGUGACUACUACAUUCACCACCACCGAUGCUGACGGAAACACUGUGACCGAUUCUGGCGUUGUUGUUGUUACUACUGACUCCGAUGGAAACCCAACGACUUCUACCUCGUUGUUCCCCACUGAUGCUGGUGAGGUGACUACCACCUUUACUACUACCGAUGCUGAUGGAAACACCGUGACUGAAUCCGGUGUUGUUGUGGUCACUACUGACUCCAACGGCGAUGCUACUACCAGCACCUCGCUUUUCCCAACCGAUGCUAGUGAAGUUACCACCACUUUCACUACAACUGACGCGGAUGGAAACCCCGUUACCGAGUCUGGUGUUGUUAUUGUGACCACCGAUUCCGACGGUUCUUUGACUACUUCCACGUCUCUUUACCCUACUGACGCCAGCGAGGUGACCACCACUUUCACCACUACUGAUGCUGAUGGUAACCCAGUCACGGAAUCUGGUGUUGUUGUGGUUACAACUGAUUCCGAUGGAUCUUUGACCACCUCCACGUCCCUUUUCCCUACCGAUGCCAGUGAAGUCACUACUACUUUUACCACCACAGAUGCCGACGGGAACCCAGUUACUGAGUCUGGAGUUGUCGUGGUCACAACCGAUUCUGAGGGAUCCUUGACCACUUCUACUUCUCUCUUCCCAACUGACGCUAGCGAGGUCACCACCACCUUCACUACUACCGACGCUGACGGAAACACACUUACCGAGUCUGGCGUUGUUGUCGUUACCACUGACUCUGACGGCUCCUUGACCACCUCGACUUCCCUCUUCCCUACCGACGGUGUGACUACUACCUUCACCACCACCGACGCUGAUGGAAACCCUGUGACUGAGUCUGGUGUAGUCAUUGUUACUACCGACUCCAACGGUGCUGCUACUACCUCCACCUCCUUGUUCCCAACUGGCGACAGUCUCACCACCUUCACCACCACUGAUGAUAACGGCAACCCUGUCACCGAGUCUGGUGUCGUUGUGGUUACUACUGACUCCGAUGGCUCUUUGACGACUUCUACUUCCCUUUUCCCAACGGACGUUGACGGUGUCACCACCACUUGGACUACCACCGAUGCCAAUGGCAACCCAGUCACUGAAUCCGGUGUCGUUGUCGUUACUACCGACGCUGAGGGCUCCUUGACUACCAGCACCUCUCUUUUCCCAACUGAUGGUGUGACUACUACCUUCACUACUACUGAUGCCAACGGUAACACCGUCACUGAGUCUGGUGUUGUUGUUGUCACCACUGACUCUAACGGUUCGGCUGUCACUUCCACCUCCUUGUUCCCAACUGACGUUGAUGGUGUUACAACUACCUGGACCACCACUGACGCCAACGGUAACCCUGUUACGGAAUCCGGUGUUGUCAUUGUUACCACCAACCCUGACGGUUCCGUGGUCACUACCACCUCUGAGUUUGGCUCCCCAACUGAGGUCACCUCCACUUGGACUACCACUGACGCUAAUGGAAACCCAAUUACCGAGUCCGGUGUUGUUAUUGUCACCACUGACUCCAACGGUGCUUUGACCACUUCUACUUCGGUUUUCCCAACUGAUGUCGAUGGUGUCACCACCACCUGGACUACUACUGACGCCAACGGUAACCCUGUUACUGAGUCUGGUGUGGUGAUCGUCACAACCGACUCUAACGGUGCUUUGACUACCUACACUUCCGAGUUUGGUGCCCCAACUGAGGUUACUUCUACCUGGACCACGACUGAUGCAAACGGCAACCCAAUCACCGAGUCUGGUGUGGUUAUUGUCACCACUGAUUCCGAGGGCUCCUUGACCACCUACACUUCCGAUUUUGGCUCUGGUGUCACUGAGUACACCUCUUCUUGGACCACCACUGACGCUAACGGAAACCCAGUCACCGAGUCUGGCGUCGUUGAUGUUACUACUGACUCUAACGGCAUCUUGACCACUGUCACUUCCAAGUUCGACCCAACAAGAUACACCUCGACUGUCGAGUCCACAAACGGUCACGGCGACGUCACAACCCAGACUGUCAUUGUUUGCGAGACCACUGCUCCUAACGGUGAGUUGACUGUUUACACUACCGUCUGCCCUGAGACCGUCGCUGUGGAGUCCACCCUCUCUGACGGCUCCAAGACCACUCUUACUGGUGCUAUCAUCGAGACCACCAUCCACGGUGUUGUGACUUCUUACACUUCCGUGUGUCCUCCAGCCACUACCUUCGUUUCUACCUACGAGACUACCAAGGACGGCAAGGUUGAGACCACCUCCUGUGUUGUUGCUGUUGAGACUGACGUCUACGGUGAGGUCCACACCUCCACUGUUGCUGAGGCUUCUUCCAGCUUCGUUUCUACUUACAAGACCACUAACGAGGAAGGUGAGACUGUCAACCUCACCAAGACCAUUGUUGUGGAGACUGACGACUCUGGUAGCGUCCAAUCUACUGUGGCUGCUGAGACUACCACUGCUCCAGGUGCUCCAGGUGCACCAGGUGCCCCAGGUGCUCCUGCUCCUGAGAGCACUGCCGUUGUGGCCACUGUCGGCACCUCUUCUGUUGCUCCAGCUGCCCCUGUGAGCGCUUACGAGGGUGCUGCUGCAACCGCUAGAUUCGGCCUUGAGUGGAUCCUUCCUCUCGGUCUUUUCGCCCUCUUUUAA